GCGGGCCUUUACUCUCAGACCUCGCAUCGCAUGCUGGCGUAGGCAAAGCUCCUGAUAUGGCACCCUAUCCUGUCAAGGACACUCUGGGUAGACGUUCGUUUUUGUACGGCUGAGAUGUGAAGGGCCGGAGAAAGCUCACCAGCGUGAGAUACCCCUUCGUCGCCAGCUCCUGCCGCCUCGCGACGCUCAGCUCGCGACGCUCAGGCAGCUCGUCUGCUACUAGCAGAGUUGUGCACGCCCGUCAAUGGCGGCGGAACCCGAGUCCGAGGAUGGCGCGGAGAAGCGAAGAGCGGGGGCGAAUGGCGCGGAGAAGCGAAGAGCGGGGGCGAAUGGCGCGGAGGGGAGGGACGAACGGGGGGCAGAGGGGGAGGCGGUAGACGAGAGAGGAGAGGAUGGGGACGGGGAGAGAGGAGGAAGGAGGAAGGAGGAUGCGGACGAAGUAGGGGAGGAGGAGCGGCGAGAAGAGCAGGCGAGUGACGACCGGGGAGGGAAGGAGGCAGCGGAGGAGGAGAACGAAGUGGAGGGCGGAAGAGAAGCAGCCGAGGAGGGGAGAGAGCCAGAGGACGGGCAAGGGAAGGAAGGCGAGGACGAGGAGUACGAAGAUGGCAACGAGAAAGCGUAUACAGACGGAGAGGAGGAAGACGAGGGGGAGGAGGACGACGAAAGGGAGGAAGGGGAAGAGGAGGACGAAGAGGACGAGGAGGAGGAGGAGGAGGGCGAGGAGGGUGACUACGACGACCAGUCCCCUGUGGAGGAGGUGGCGCUGACGGUGGCGACCUUUGACGACCCCGCCCUGCCGUGCUUCACCUACCGCGUCAUGAUCAUCGGCAGCAUCGUCUGCGCGCUGCUCGCCUUCGUCAACCAGUACUUCUGGUUCAGGACCCAGUCCAUCAUCAUCAACCCCAUUGCUGCCAUCAUCCUAUCGCUCUACAUGGGUCGCCUCUUAGCGAGGAUAGAACGCCGCUACUUCAACCCUGACGCCCUGCCGUUUAGUGUCAAGGAGCAUGUGCUGAUAGGGAUCUUUGCUAACUGCGGGUCGGCAUUCGGCAACGGCAACGCGUAUGCCAUUGACAUCGUCACGAUCAUGAAGCAGUUCUACAACGUCCAAUUGGGCUUCUUCCCGGCCUUUCUUCUCGUCACCACCACUCAAGUGCUCGGAUACGGAUGGGCGGGCCUCUUCAGGCGCUACCUCGUGGAGCCGGCCCACAUGUGGUGGCCCACUGACCUCGUCUACGUCUCCCUCUACCGCACGCUACACGAAUCUGACACCCCUGCGCGCGGCAUGCUGACCCGCGCGCACUUCUUCUUCCUCAUAACGGCCAUCUCCUUCUGCUGGUACCUCGUGCCCGGCUACCUCAUCCCCAUCGUCUCCUGCCUCUCCUGGGUCUGCUGGGUCUGGCCCACCUCCAUCACCGCGCAGCAGCUCGGCUCAGGUCUCAGGGGCAUGGGUCUGGGAGCCAUCACUCUAGAUUGGGCCACCAUGUCAGCCUUCCUCUCCUCUCCCCUCGCGGCCCCCUGGUUCGCCAUCCUCAACAUCGCGGUGGGCUUUGCGCUCUUCCUCUACGUGCUCGUGCCAAUCUGCUACUGGGGGGAUGUCUUCGCCGCCACGCGCUUCCCCUUCCUCUCCUCCGGCACCUACCAGUGGUCGGGGGCGCUCUACCCCGUGGACGAGAUUAUCACUUCGGAUUUCCGGCUCAAUGAGACGAUGUACGCGCAGCAGAAUCUGGCUCCGUACAUCUCGGUGUUCUUUGCGCUGGCCUAUGGCCUCGGGUUCGCUGCGCUGACUGCGACCGUGGUGCAUGUGGCGCUGUGGUACGGGCCGGAGAUAUACCAGAGGACCAUGAGUGCAGCCACUGAGGUAAAGCCAGACGUGCACACACGCCUCAUGCAGCGCUACCCCAAGGUCCCCUGGUGGUGGUUCCUCAUCCUCCUUUUAGUCAACCUCGCUGUCUGCAUAGCCUUCCUCGAGCUCAACGCCUUCUUCCAGCUCCCCUGGUGGGGCCUGCUGCUCUCAGCCGCGCUCUCCCUCUUCUUCACCCUCCCCAUCGGCAUAGUCACGGCCACCACCAACCAGCAGCCGGGGCUCAAUAUAAUCACGGAGAUGAUCUGGGGGUACAUAAGACCAGGCGAGCCCAUCGGCAACGUGUGUUUCAAGACGUAUGGCUAUAUCAGCAUGACGCAGGCCAUUGCCUUCCUGCAGGAUUUCAAACUCGGCCAUUACAUGAAGAUCCCCCCACAAGCCAUGUUCGCAGUGCAGGUGUUCGCCACUAUUUUGGCUGGCCUGGUCAAUCUCGGCACAGCCUGGUGGCUCUACGACACUGUGGAAGGAGGCCUCAUAUGCAAGAUAAACGAUGAGAACUUCCCCGAGAACUCCCCCUGGACGUGUCCCACGGCCAACGUGUUCUACUCGGCGUCCAUCAUCUGGGGGCUCAUUGGUCCCGAGCGCAUGUUCGGGCCAAAUGCUUUCUACAACAACCUCAACUGGUGGUUCCUGGGGGGAGCCCUCGCGCCCAUCCCUUUUUGGGCCUUGCACAAGCUCUGGCCGCGACAGACGUGGCUGACCAAGGUGCACAUCCCAGUGAUGCUGACGGGCGUGGGUAUGAUGCCCCCUGCCACGCCCAUCAACUACAUCGGGUGGAUCACCAUGGGCUUCAUCUUCAACAAGCUCAUUUUCACUUACAGAAAGGACUGGUGGCGUCGUUACAAUUAUGUCCUCUCUGCAGCGCUGGAUUCAGGAGUAAUGUUCAUGGCGCUUUUCAUCUUCUUUGGGGCUCAAGUUGAAACCCCUUCUGUUUCCCUCGCCUGGUGGGGUGCUGGCGUAACAUCUUCUGAUAACUGUCCGCUUGCCAUGUGCCCAACUGACCCCUCAGCAAUUACAACAGUGAUUUCAGCAUGCCCCACUUAUGCUGGUUCUUGACCUACGUACCAUAGCUGCUCAAGAACUAGAGUGUGUACAUGCCGUCUAUGCCACUACUACAAUGUGUUGAACCAAUGCAGCUAUAACAGCAGUUGCUAUCCAUACAUGACUAACCCAGUGCACGCCUUGACUUGCACAUGCACCACACCA